UCAUAUGGUUACCCUUACACUGCAACUAGAGAUAGUGCCAUAUCUUGUAUCAUCAAAGGUCACACUCGGAUGAAUGCGCUUCAUAAAGUUACAGCGGAUUUAGUAUUUAGCCUGUGUGUGCUUGAAUCUCCGUGUUGUCAGUGACCGUGUGGGCUUCUGGCUUUUGCAGUUUUUAACACGAUUAUGGGAUGGACAGGAAUGGGAUAGAGCGCUCCCAGCCCAACCACAACGAGAGCAUAACGCAAUAUUUGUCGGCUCGGAUGCAGCAGCAUCCUCUCAAAACACUGCUUCAGCACAGUCAUUCAGACCGCCCAACCCGUCGAGGAUGCUGCCGGAGGACCCAGCCCGGCAGUCCAAGCCGUGAUUCGUUUCUGCUGAAGUAAGUCCAUCGCCAAAUCGAAACACACUGCGAUUUAGACUGGGGCCAGGACGACUAAAAACAUAAAGAAGGGGGAGAACUAUAAAGCCACAUCAGCUGCCUAAUUUGUAACUUGAUACCGGAAUAUGGGAGUCGUCGGCGCGGAUGCCGCUCUACACCGGCUUUAGAAGUUGGACAGACAGAAAUGACAUGACUCUUGACUUUGGCCAAUAUUUCCAGCGCAGUGCAGACGGCAGUAUUACAGAAUCCAAAAGGUGGACUUCUUUUGUCCAGAUUACCGGAGGGUGUUGUCUGAUCAACAUGUGGCACCUAAAUAAUAGGCACCUUUAGUCUUUUCUGAGGCAUGGAGCAUUAGGCUACUGAACCCAUCAAGGUGCUACUUAUUAUUCAAAGUAAUGGAAUGAAGACAAUAUCUUGAUAUAAUGGAUGAUAGGUCCAGUAAGCUCAUCUUGGUUCCUAUUUUAGCGGUCCUUUUUGUUAUGAUAGGUUAUCAGUACAUAUGUCCCGCAGGCAGCAAUUCGUGCCACUUUAAGACUGGGGAGAAAUUAAGAGGGGUAAGCCUACUUUCCACCCCGUACCAGGACAGCGAUGAUUUCUACAGAGAUCAAGACCUGGAGGAUGACAGCCCUCCUAAACUACCGUCAAAAUUCAACUUUACCGAAAGAGACCUUGACAGACACGUGGAGUUCAACAUCAAAGGGGACGACGUGAUAGUGUUUCUGCACAUCCAGAAGACCGGGGGAACUACUUUCGGGAGACAUUUGGUGAGGAAUAUUCGCUUGGAGCAGCCGUGCGACUGCAAGCCCGGACAGAAGAAAUGCACAUGUCACCGACCAGGGAAAGAGGAGUCCUGGCUCUUCUCCCGGUUCUCUACUGGCUGGAGCUGCGGACUUCAUGCAGACUGGACCGAGCUCUCGAACUGUGUACCUGUAAUUAUGGAUAAGAAGGAGGCCCAGAGAAAUAAAAGGAACUUCUACUACAUCACCAUGCUGCGAGACCCAGUCUCCCGCUACCUGAGUGAGUGGAAGCACGUCCAGCGCGGAGCCACGUGGAAGACCGCUCUCCAUAUGUGUGAUGGACGCUCGCCCACCCAGGACGAGCUGCCCACCUGCUAUAGUGGGGAUGACUGGUCCGGUGUCACCCUGACUGAGUUCAUGAACUGCCCGUCCAACCUGGCCAAUAAUCGGCAGGUCCGCAUGCUGGCUGACCUGAGCUUGGUGGGCUGCUACAACUUAUCCUCUAUGAACGAGAGCCAGCGUAACCACAUCCUUUUGAGCAGCGCCAUGAGCAACCUGAAGAACAUGGCUUUCUACGGCCUGACUGAGUUUCAACGCAAGACGCAGUACCUGUUUGAGCGGACGUUCAGCCUGCGCUUCAUAUCCGCUUUCAUGCAGAUCAACAGCACGCGAGCUGCCAACGUGGACCUGAGCGAGCCUGUGCGCAGGCGCAUCGAGGAGCUCAACUACUUGGACGUGCAGUUGUACGAGUACGCAAAGGACCUGUUCCUCCAGCGUUUCCAGUUCACCCGCCAGAGGGAGCACCAGGAGGUGCGCUUGAAGAGGCGUGAGGAGAGGCGUUGGCUGAGGGAGCAAAGAGAGCAGGGCAGGCCAUGGCCAGCCAAACACAGAGAGGGAGGAAAUGGAGGCGGAAGAAUGGAAGGAGGGUUGGAGAAAGGGACUGACGUGGACUUCCAAACCACCACUGAGGACUACACAAGCCAAGUGGUCCGUUGGUGAGGCUCUGAUCGAAAGAGAGAGGAGCAAGAGAGAGAUUCCUUACAGACUUGUUUAAACUUUGACUCUCUCUCUCACACAUCCUUAGACUCUCUCUUUCUUUCUCACCAUUAAUUUGUCUCCUGCAUCUGUCUGUUUCUCAGCUUCAGUGGGAUCCAAGUGCUCUGCUGUUUCUUUAUGAAGGCUGCCAAGUCUGUGAGUCUCACAGUAGAUCUGCCUUGGAGUGCCCUUUGGUGUCUUAAAUCUUGAAAUGCUGUUUAUACAUUUUUUUAAUACACUCAUGUCAUUACAUUCUUUUGAUUUUUGCCUUGGUUAUUUAUGUGUUUUAUGAUAAGACAGUAAACUAAGGUGUAAGAAGAAGAAAAAAACAAUCAAAAAAGCUGCCAUAGACUGCAUUGCUUAUAUAAAUGAUUUUGACAUUCAAAGCAACUUUGAUGAAUGUUAUUAUAGUCUUUGUUGCAACGGGUACAAAAACCAUUUGAAAGGUGUAGUUGUAGAAGAACUGAUGGUUGCAUGUCACACAUCCACACUAUACUGACAAUUGAGGAGAGUGAUUUCCAAAAGGUAUGCAGUACUGGAAGCCAAAGUUUAUAAAAACACAAUGUAUUUAUUGUAUUUUUAUUUAAUGACAAUGAAACCCUCUCUAACUACCAUGUUGUAUGCAUGCUAUCCCCAUGUUUUUAACCAAAUUUUAGAAGACUAUUACUGAUGCUUAUAUUUUGGUUACAGUUCAAUAGAUAUUAUUUUCUCAAGUGAUACCUUGCAGACAUUAACACGUCUCCAUCCCAAGAUAACAUGCACACACAAAGCUAAAAUUACACAGUCAAAAAGAGGGAAUCUUGCUGAGCAAAAUAACUAUGUUGUUCCCCGUACAGUGAGUAGAACAUUUUGCUUUUUACGUGAGAAAAGGAAAGUUAUUUGUGAUGAGAAAGGCAUAUUUUGUGAGUAAUUCAUUUUUGAAGUAGUGGGUUGCAGAAAUAAAAAAGUUGGUAAAUAGUACAGGUGAUGAAAUGUGUCAGUGUGGCUGUGUGUGGCCGGACUGUGAAUUAGAUGAUCAGCAUUCAGCUCUCACGGCCCUCCCCGUCACACUGGCUGCUUUUACAUGUUUGUAGAGCUGAGGGCAACUGCACUGUGGGCAGCAAAAACACUUCAAUGCCAGCAGAGUGCCAGCCUACAAAGACCAGCUUGAAAGCAGGUAGUCGAGAACUAAAACAUGUCUGUCUAUUCCUCUGCCCGAUAUUUUCCAUUCCCUCAAAUCCAAUCAGCGUAGCAAUAUGUGAAGAUUAAAGAGAGAGCUUGUUUUUAUCUGCUUAAAUAGGCUUGAGUGAUGCAUUUUAUGCCUCUUAUCUCAUAUUUACUAAAAUCCCUACUUGUUAAAUUAAAUGUUAACUAAAUGUCAACAUUGAAAUGGUAGAGCUGCUGCUAUUUUAACAGUCACUUCCCAUGUUUCUUCUCUGAUUGCAGUUACUUAUUAUUACGUCAGAUGGCACAGUUUUGUUUAUUUUAAGGAAUCACCUGUGUUUUGUCUUGAGUGAUUCAUUCAGCUCGUGCAGUGAACGUGUUGAAUGAUUACAGGUUUGAGCUGUCAGGAGUUGUAUGGGUGCCCUUGUCUGUACGGAUGCACUUAGUCUGAGUUCAGUGAGUGUAUGGAUGGAUGGAAAAGAACAAAGACUAGGUGUAUAGCACAUUGAUAACACUUGAGUUACAGCUCUGAAUAUUUAAUCACUGUGUAGAAUUUAUAGCCGAAUUCAUGAAGUUUGAGUCGUAGCAGUGACCUAGAUUGGUGACAAAAGUUUAUUUCAUGUCAAAUGAUUGUGAAAGUUUAUUUGGGAUAUUUUUACUCUCCAUUUUAAACUCCAUACAUUUCAAAGGCAUUUUGAACUAAAGCUAUAGUUUUGCCAACUUCACAUGCAACAUGAAAAUGUUGCUCAUAUAUUGUAACAAAUGUUUAGUUCUGCUAUUUAACAUUACAUAUUUCUGAUUAAAUAAACAAAAUCAGAGUUUGGGGAAAACAACAUUUUUGUUUAUAAUUAAUUCACUAUUAAUUUUCCCCUCAGAAACUCUGUGUGGGUGUGGUUUGAUCAGACUUUAGUGCCAAAAUGUCAAUGUAAAAAUACUCCACGCAAGUAACUCCCUUACAUUCAAAAUCCUACUAAAAAGUAAGUAGUAAAAAUAAGACCCCAUCGCUCAAAAUAAUAAGCUGAUUGAGAAAAUAUGUUUAAGCGGUCUUUUUAGUAAAACGUGAAUGCAGGAUAACUACUUGUAAUAGGGUAUUCUAUGGACAUGCGAGCAUUUUGGCAUGUCAUAGUAGGUAAAGCACAUGUGUAAAUAAUAAAAUGAAUGAUGACUGAAUUCCAUUUGAAUUCCACUUCAUCAGUGUCAGGAUUCUGGUAUUAAUAUUGCUUUGUUAAUGUUAUUAGUGACACCUGUAUUUUUUCUGUGGCAGGUCAAAAUGUCUGCUCCUGAAAAGGCCUAUUGUGAUAUUGUUAUUAUUAAUAUUUUUCUUAGGUAAAGAAUCUAAAGAGUAUCUGAAUAUCUAUUCAACCACAGACAGAAUGUGUGCAUUAACUGCUAAAUCUAUAGCUAAGUGCAAAAUAGCUGAUAAAACACAUGAUGAUAAUGAAACACUAAUGAAACAUAAUGUUGUAAAUGUGCUAUAUACCUAAGUUAUUUGUGUGUGUGUUUGUGUGUGCGUUCACGCGUGCGUGCGUACAUGCGUGCGUGCGUGUGUGCGAGCAUGCGUGUGAGUCUGUGUGUCAUUGAAAUAUUGUAAACUAGAGAAGCUGCUGUUGAACAGCUGGCAAAAAAAUGCUGAUGCCUGAGGUGCGUCUAAAUGUGUCAAAUAUCACAUGUCUGUGUGUUAUUGUAAUCAGUAACACCUGUUUUGUGCUGCCUUAAAGCCUUCUGUGAGAUACAAGAUACAAACUGAUCACUUACUACAGAUUUACUUGAGAAGCAGAGAGCAUGAAAGGAAAUCAAAUAGUAAAAAAAAUAGGAAAAUGUAAAUAACACCUGUGUUGAUGUGUAAUGAAGCUGCUGUGACACCACAAAGAUCAUAGAAGAGAUCUAAUUAGUACAUCUCAAUCAGCUGUGUUCCCACCUGCAAUUAAUGGUUGCCAUGGCGAUGGUGCUGUUCAAGUGACUCCUGGGUCAGACAGUUAUUUAAAGAUACAGUAUGUAAUAUUACCACAUUAAAAUGUCUAAGAGCCACCAUACCUAUGUUAUAUUUUUUGUUUGGCUGUGUACUUACAUUAUCCUAAAUGUUUCCAACAAUGUUCAAACCCAGAGACGUCUAUAAUUUUAAUCAAUGACGCGGAGCGGGCCAUUUAGUUGCUUGUCAGUGGUGUCAUAUAAUCUUUGCCAGCGACUGCAGUCCCCCACCCAACACUCUGUGUUUAUUGCGUCAAAAAUGUGGGAAGUAGAGUGAGCUAAAAAAGGUCCCUUCUUCUUGAAUUUUAGGUCUCAGUUAACAUGGCAAUCAAUAGGGCAGCUCAAUGGCUCUCCUGUCACUUUGAGUCUCAUAGUGCAAAAUGUGUAAGUAUUUUUGCAUUGUUUGAAACAUUUUUUUUCUACUGCUUCCCAUUCAUUUGAGUGGCCGAAGAAUUCAAGAAAAAACAUUAAAUAAUUCAGACCCUUUUGGGGCUCCGUAAGAUUAAAACACUAAAAGUACUUCCGAUAAUGUUUUUUUAGAAGAUGAGCUGAACAACUUGAACAUGAAAAUGAAAAAUAGGGACGUUUUUACUUAGGAGCUGAUGGUAAUUAGGUGUCAAAAACAAGGAAGUACAUUGCUGUCAACAAUCCCACCAAUUGAAUUAAAGUUAUGUGUGCAUCCAUUUCCUUAGCUUUAUCAACAACAUAUGUCGAUAUGAGAGAGAUCAGAGUUUAUUUCUUUCUCAGUCACAGUUGCCACUCUGUAUUAUGAUUAUCUACGGCAGCUCUUCCCUGAGCACGGAAAAUGUAUAAGAUUUAUAAUUUCUGAAUAAUUAUAAAUAAAACAAGAGUACAUUGUUUAAUUUUAGGUGUAUUAUUUCUUUGACUUCUUAUAUUAUUACUAUUAUAUUUAUUAUAUUUAUUCCACUAAAUGAUGUCAUUAAGACUUUACACCAAUUUUGAAGUUGGAAAAGUGAAAACUCUCAGACUAUGGUGGAAAUAAGCCAACACAGAUUUGAUUCUACAUUUAACUGAUAUCGCCAAUAAAGGACAUGUUGCUUUGCUAAAGGAACAUUAAACGUGUACUGCCACUUCAUAGCUCUGAGAAGCAGAUGUAUCCCUGUUUAUUUGUUUAUUUAAUAUUUCUAAUUUCAACUGUUGCUAAAGAAUGGCUUUGCCUGAUGGAAAAUAUCAUUACUACCAACACCUCAGUGAUAAUGGAAGAGAGCUUUCUUAGUGUAAGCAUUUCUGUACAUGUUAAAAGUAUUGUGAUGAAAUGAACAGUCUCAAAGCCUUUUGGCUUGUAAUAUUUAAUCUGCCAUUUUUCCUGUCAGACCUGAAAAAAUGAAAUAAAUGCAUUGAAUGGC